CUCGCUUUCCACAUGUGAUCUUUUUGCUUCCGCAGAUGAAAGAAACAAUCAUGAACCAAGAAAAGCUCGCCAAGCUUCAGGCCCAAGUGCGCAUCGGUGGCAAGGGUACUGCCCGCAGAAAGAAGAAGGUUGUCCACAGAACAGCUACAGCAGAUGACAAGAAACUUCAGUUUUCAUUGAAGAAACUGGGAGUCAACAAUAUUUCUGGAAUUGAAGAGGUAAACAUGUUUACUAACCAAGGAACAGUCAUUCACUUCAAUAACCCUAAAGUUCAAGCAUCUCUGGCUGCUAAUACUUUCACUAUCACUGGUCAUGCUGAAACAAAGCAGCUGACAGAAAUGCUUCCUAGCAUCUUAAACCAGCUCGGAGCUGACAGUUUGACCAGCCUGAGGAGACUGGCAGAAGCCCUUCCCAAGCAACCUGUGGAUGGAAAAGCUCCACUUGCUACUGGUGAAGAUGAUGAUGAUGAAGUCCCAGAUCUGGUUGAAAACUUUGAUGAAGCGUCAAAGAAUGAGGCGAACUGA